UUGUGAGGAUUUGAUUCAGCCAAAGUGAAUUUGUAGCUGCCAAUCAAACGGACACAACCUCCCCAACGACACUCUCAAUGGACGCAGAGGUCAGAGUUCAGAGACCAAACGGCUCCGGGCCCGCGGGCUGCCGCUCGGAUUUGCAGGAGAUUUACUGGCACCUGUGCAACACCUGGGGCAUCGCGGUACAGGCCGCCACCGCUUUAGGCUUCGUGACCUGUGUGGCGACGGCGCUGGGCCUGCUGGUGAGGUGGGGGCACGUGUCUCGUGAGCCCGGGCGAAGAGCGGCCCUCCUGCUGUUCCUGCUGGCCACGGCGGGCGUGUUCGCUUUACCCUUCUCUUUUGUCAUCUCGCUGUCUGCAGAGACGUGCCCGAUACGGGUGUUUCUGUUUGGGGUGUCAUUCGCCGUAGCGUUCGGCGCUCUGGUCGCUCGCGGUCUCGCCCUGCUGGACGUUGGGCUGGCGCUCGGGUGGAGGGAGGUGGGAGUGAUCCUGGCACUGGCGCUGGUGCAGACGAUUAUUGCAGCCGAGUGGCUGCUGGUCGUUUUGGUGCGGGACGGCGGGCCGUGUGCGUUUUCGCAGCUGGAGUUUAUCAUGUUGCAGCUUUACGUGAUGGUGCUGAUGGGUGCGGCGCUGGUGGUGGCUCUGCGCUUCCUCCGAGCUGCAUGUGUGACCUACAGCUACAGUCACACGGGGCACACGCGUCAACGCGCCAAACUGCAAGCCGGGCUGCUGGUCCUCACGCUGUUGUUCAGUGUGUGCGUUUGGGUCACCUGGAUCACUCUGCUCACAUACGGUAACCUCGUAACGGGUCACAGGCCAGACUGGGACGACCCCGUGAUCGGCGUAGCGCUGGCUGUUAACGGCUGGGUGUUGCUGCUCGGACAUGGCUUCCCUCAGGUCCGCUUCCUGUGCCAGCGAGAAGGAUACGCUAAAAAUCCGCCGCUAGACUUCACGGGGUGGACGAGCUCCACGACAGAACCGGCAGCCGAGCCGAAACCGGGCACAGACAACAGCGGCUUCCAGCUGGAUGCAGAUGAAAGAAGAGAUCAAGCGCUGGAAUCAUUUGGAAUCCCCAUGAAAGAAAUCAAUGCUGAGAAAAAUUAUAGGAUCCCACGACCUACAGCAACAAACAUCAACCAAACAUAUGAUCAUUAUUAUGAACACAGACCUUGAGGACACACAAACAGACACACACACACACACACACACACACACACACACACACACACACACACACACACACACACACACACACACACACACACACACACACACACACACACACACACACACACACACACACACACACAGAUGAAGAGAGAUACAGUACAAAUAUACAUCAUGGUUCAAUAAAAUCCUCCAAACUCUAAUACUUGAAGAUUAACUUCCUAAAAAUAAUACAACAUUUAACAACUUAACGUUUUAUUGUUACUUUAAAUGUGGUGAAACAUACUGUCAGUAAGAUAAUCUAAAGCUUUAAAUGAAAGAAUAAUGACACUUACAGUUUUUUUAUGGACCAGUUCAAAAGAUGUAAACAACACUGGUCCAGAAGCACUUCCUGUUUCCGUUUUUUAACACUAGAUAAACGUUGGGAUAAAAUAAACCAACAGAACAUAUAAACCUGAAUUAACUGAAGUUAAACAAACAUCUUAAAGAUAAUAAUAUAUGUAAAAUAAAAAAAUAACUGUCACAAACUGUAACAGGAAGUGUUUCUGGACCAGUGUUGUUUACAUCAUUUGAACUGGUCUAUAUUGCUAAACGCCAGUGGGCACAACUGGAGUCACAUGUGCAAAACUCUAACUACAGUCUGCACAGCAGCAGUUCAUGUGGACCAAACUCUAGUUCGUUUUUCAUUGCUUGAACACAGUUUUCAAAACUUUACACACUUAUCUCAUGACUUUAAACACAACCUGCACAACACUGUGGAUUUACAACACUUUGUUCAAAUGCUAACACACUGCUGUCAAAACUGUCAACCACACAUUCAAAACACAAUUGAUUUCAGCCUUGUGCCUUUCAAACACUGCUGACUGCAAUUUCAUAUAAAUAUAUAAAUAUGAAUAAAUUUAUAUAUAUAAAUAGAUAUAGGUAUAGCAUAGAAAGACUAAUUUUGGAAAUGGAACAAGGAAGACGGGUUCAUGGAGGGAGAAGGGUGGCAUGUAGUGGCCUGAUGCUAGAGAGAGGCAAGAUUAGCCCCUUAAUUAUUUGUUUGAAUUACAGUAUGUACUUUUAGUUUCUACCUUUUUUUCUCAUUACUAAUUCCGUAAAUUACUCCAGACUAUUGAAGCAAACUGCUAAUUUUUAUUUACCUUAAAGAAUUGUUCUGUUCUAAAAAUGUAAAUAAAUCAUGUGAUAAAUAAAUAAAUAAAUCAUGUGAUAAAUAAAUAAAUAAAUCAUGUGAUAAAUAAAUAAAUAAUUAUUUGAAAAAAAUAUUA